CACACACACACACACGUGUGGAAAUGGGGAAAAGAGGUUUUAAGUUUGCUGCUCCUGCGGCUUGGAAUGUGCUGCAGACAGACCUGGGUCUCCGGGAGCCGGUCUCCUUAGGUGUUUUUAAAAAUAGAUUGAAAAUAUUGGAGGGAAAUUCAUCUAGCUGUAGAUGUUUUAUAUGACGGAGGUAUGUGCUCCUGUGUGAGCUGGGUCGUGUUGACUUGAGUCGUAGUUUUGGUUUUAUUCAUGCUGUGAUUUUGUUUUUUGUUUUAUAUAUUGUCUGUCACUGUUUUAUGUUGUAUUGUAUGGAACUUUGUGUGACGUGCUGCUGCUGCUGUCUUGGCCAGGACACUCUUGUAAAGGAGAUUUUUAAUCUCAAUGAGGCAUUUAAUGAGGUUAAAUAAAUUUAAAAUUAAAAAAUUAAAAAACACACACACACACACACACACUCACACACACAGAAUUACCGGGUAUGACACCUCUGGGUCAUGCCAGGUGAACCCUGCCGAAUGAAAUCAGUUUGUGUCUUCGCCCUAAAUAAAUGAUGUCAGAGUAAACAGUAAAAGCCUGAUAUGCAUAUCCACAGCUAGCCUGGACUACUCUCGUGUGUUAGUAGACACUGCGCGUGAGGAUAUCCUUUUUGAUGUUUAAUAGCAGGUGUACUCGAAUGGAGAAGAAACGCGCGCACUACUCAGCACUGGCAUGGCACAGUUGCUCCUUAACUUGGAGGCAGUCAUCGACGCGUGGACUGAAUAAUGAGCUGCUCGAAGCUUCAUGCGACAGACUGGUCUGGGUCCUGCAGCGACAGACAGGUCUGGGUCCUGCAGCGACAGACAGGCACCGCCACUGUUGUGUGAUGGACCCGUCUGACAACGCGGGGAGCCGCCAGCCCACGGUGGAGGCCGUGGCUCUGAGCUAUGGUCCGGCUCCUGACGGCUCCACCGGACAGAAAGACGCCCAGCCUGCAGACAUGCUGAGAAUAAAACAACAGAUGUCCAACCAGUGCUUUGAGAUGGCCGUACAGCUACAAUCAGGGAAAAGUAAGAGAUCAUGCAGCACAUCUGAAGCUGGGAGAGAAUUGUCAGAAUAUGUGAAUGAACUGGACAGAGUCAAGACGAUUCAUUUUAUCAGCACGUUGACGCUGCACAGAAUGCAGAUGUGGCACGCUAUUGGAGAAAAGCUGAAACAGAAUGACUCAGAAGCCCUUGCCCUGAAAGCUGAGAACGAUCGCUGCAUGAAUCUGUGUUCACAAAUAAAACAACUUCAGCAAGAGUCGAGAGUUUUUCAAGAUGAAAUCACAGAACUACAGAAGAAGAGGCUCGAGAUGAAGCGGCUCACGCAUGAGAAAAUGAAGGAGAUGGAUGAGUUGACGUCCAAGGCAGGCCACCCCGAUACAGAGAAGUACAAAGCUGUGUUGGAGAGAGGCCAGGCCAACCUUGAGAAAUACAAAAAGAUGACCGUCAUGACACAGAACGUCCUCAGGGGCAUCCUCUUGGCCUGUAAAGUCAACUGGAUGGAUGAUCCCAAACUUCGAGACAUCGCCAUGACGCUGGAGGAAUUUUCUAUUUCUGACUAGAGAAUACAUUAUUAACUGUAUAUGUGUAUGUAUUAUAUUGUCCAAUAACUAAACAAUAAAACUGCUAAAACCAC